UCACGCAGAGGUGACAGCCACACUCACACACUCUACACACUCAGAGGUGCCACUCAACGCGUGCAUCGAAUCAUCAUCGUUCACCCCACGGAGCUGUGACUUGCCUAACAACGAAUUCCUGUCCUCCAUUCGUAAAGAAAUGGCCGUGAAUUCUCGACUCGGAACAACAACAACAUUACCAAUAUUCCUACUAGCCUUAAUUGGAACGGUGGUCGCUGGCAGCACGGAGGUUGAGAAUGGCUCGGAGUCCGGAGCUCAGCGCCAAGGAAGAACACCACGAGAAUUUAUGGUCGUCACCCCAGAGAAAAUGAAUGCCGUAGCAGGCAGAAAGAUUCUCCUGCCCUGCUCCUACACCUGUACAAUCAGCGGUGUUACCCACACGCUGGUGGAGUGGUUCAGGAAGAAUGGAAGUGAAGAAGAGAGGAUUUAUAAAUUCCCCAAUGGAAAUAGCAGCUGCGGGCCUUUACAUGCCACCUGGAUGGGUGAUUUGCCCAAAUGCGACGCCUCCAUCACCGUCAGUGACAUCAAGACCCACGACUCUGAUCGAUAUCGCUGUGAGGUCACGGUGUAUCCACAAAAUAUCCAAGACAUUGGGUAUCUACAGCUGAAUGUCAACAGUCCAUCAGAACUCGUGGUUGUGACCCCGGAUAAAAUGGACGCCGUAGCAGGCACUACAUUUCUGCUGCCCUGCGCCUACACCUGCACAAUCAGCGGCGUUACCCACACGUUGGUGGAGUGGUUCAAGAUCAUAGACGGGCGAGAAGAGAGGAUUUAUCAAUACCCCGAUGGAGAGAGCAGCCACUGGCCUUUACAGGCCACCUCGGUGGGUAAUGUGUCAAAGUGCGACGCCUCCAUCACCGUCAGCGACAUCCAGACCCACGACUCUGGGCGAUAUCGAUGUGAGGUCUCGGUGUAUCCACAAAACAAGCAACACAUUGGGUAUCUACAGCUGAUUGUCCACCCACGAACAGACCUGGCUGUUGUCAUCCCGGAUGCAAAGGACGCCACUGUAGGCAGCACGGCUCUCCUGCCCUGCUCUUACACCUGCAACAUCACGGACAUUAGACACACGCUGGUGGAGUGGUUCAGGACCAUAGACGGACACGAUGAGAAGGUUUAUAAGAUCAUAUACAGAAAGAGGAGCCUCAGGCCAUUGCAGGUGACGUGGGUGGGAAAUGAUUCCACGUGUGACGCCUCCAUCACCAUCAGCAACAUCCAGACCCACGACGCUGGACGAUAUCGCUGUGAGGUCACGAUUUAUCGAUACGACAAGCCAAGCAUGCAAGACAUCGGGUAUCUGCAGCUGAACGUUCACAAUGAAUCAGAACCGACAGAUGCAACACCCACGCCAACCCCAGCUCCAGCACCUGUAGCUGGCAUCGUCCUUGGAGUUAUCGUUCCUCUGGUUGCUGUUCUGGUUGCUGUUGCUGGAGUUGUUUUUUUCUGCAGGAGAUCACGUCAGCCAAGAGAAGCAGAAGUCCCGCCUCAUGAAAGGCAGCCAAUGCACCCAAUUGGAUAAGAUGCAGGAGCAAGAUCAGAACCGACAGACGCAACGCCCAAGCCAAGUCCAACUCCAGCUCACCUGUAGUUUGGAUCGUCCUUGGAGUCAUUGCUGCUCUGGGUGCUGUUGCUGGAGUUGUUUUUUUACUGCUGGAAAAAUAUUUACAAGUUGAUUCCUCAUACUGUGAUAUAACGCCGAUAGGUGAAUUAUAUACUGUUAAAAAAAGUGUAUUUUUACAUUCGAGUACAGCAAACUCCUCCCUCUCGCGGGUUUAGCUAUCGCGGUUUUGCCGUUUCGUACCCAAGGCUAUUGAGCUACAGAGUUCGCCGAUCUUACCGCUGUGGCUGGACCAUUCGCGGUUGAUCACGAGAUUUCUGUACGCGUCGUAACUGCACUGCUCGCGAUGAUGCUGCUGCUGCCGUGGAAGAACACACGCGAUGCCAUCUUAUCUCCGUUUUAUCUCCAUCUUGUCUCUGUCUUGUUUCCAUCUUUUCUCUGUCUUGUUUCCAUCUUGUCUCUGUCUUGUUUCCAUCAAAUCUCUUUCAUAUCUUACUCUUAGUUCUUUCGGUAAAGUCACGUAGGUAAAAAAUGAAAUUAAAAUUAAUAAAA